UGUUUUUUUGACAAUAAUAAUGUCUGAAAUUCCUGCGUCUGGUGAUGCACAAAACAAAGAUCUCAAAUUGAAAAUCGCCGAACUUGAGACACGUUGCAGUGAUUUGAUUUACGAAAAUGAACGAAUCAAUUUGGAUUUGGCUCAUGAGAAACACAAAGUCGGGCAAUUGGAACGCCAACUUCAGUUUGUUAAAGACAACCAAACGGUUUUUGAAAAAUUGAGAGAAGCUUAUGUUUGUAUGAAAUACAAUGAGACGGCAGGACGGAAACUUGUCGAAAUUCGGGAUAAGAGUGUUCAGACUUGGGACGGGGUUUUGUGUAGGGCGUGUUUAGAUACAGAGAAGUUGAGGAAGGAUUUGGAACGGGCUAAAGCUAUGUAUAGUGGUUGUAUUGUCAUCAAAAGAGACGAAAUGGAGAAACUAAAUACGACUGUUGAAACUUUAAAAUGUUACUUGAACGAUGAGACUUUUGCCACCACUAACAUUGACUUCAAAAUUAAUACAAAAAGGCAUUAUCGAAAUUUUUUAAUCAACUCACGAAGUCAGUCGGUCGACAGAGGUUACUUUAAUCGGAAAAAAAUGCCUCGGAAAAAAUGCAAAACUAGCAAAAGUGUAAUCGAUGUACGACAAAAAAAUAAAUAAAACAAGUGAUGGA